AGAACGUAAGGCGCGCGGUGUACAUUUUUUGAUCAUUAAAGUUAAAAACGUAACAUAAACCAGGCGUGAACUGUUUAUAAAAUAACAUUCGUGUACAUUACAAAAAUAUGUCGUACGCUAUGAUCCGACAUUUGAGGAAAACAGCCAUGUUAUCUCAACAAAUCAGGGUUGAAAGCACCAUGACCAACCUAACUCAGGAAGAAUUCGUUUUUCGGCCUCCCUUGGCCCAGUGGAGUAAAAUUAUCAGAGAAGCUGAGAAAAUUGUGGGAUACCCAACAUCUUUUAUGAACUUGAGAUGGCUAUUAAGCGAUGAAUUUGCCAAUUUAGCCGUGCAUUUGCGCAAAAUUGUGGGAAGCAACCAUCCAAUAAUGAAGACGGCAAAAACAGUGUUGUACAAUGAACAGAAUAACUUACAACCCUGGGGUCUCAUAAUUCUACUCCUCGCUAAAGCUAUCAACCCCGCCACACACUCAAUUCAAACAACCACAUUAAAUGAACAUCAACGUAUGCUAGCCGAACUAACGGAAAUGAUCCGCACAGGCCACUACAUACACAGAGGCUUACUAAACAUACCCAUCGAAGAACGAGACAAAAAGAUAGAUACAUCAAUGUUUGCAAACAAAAUUGCCAUUUUAAUCGGUGACUAUUUACUUGUAACUGCUAAUGGUAUGCUUGCACGCUUAAGAAACCAGGAUCUAUCAUAUUUAAUAUCAACAGCACUACGAGAUCUAAGUGAGGGGGAAUUCUUUGGACCGAGAGAUAGCCAAAACAUGCCUUUACCCGGUAAGCCAUUAAACAGAAGUACAGAUAGCUUUAAGAUCAACUGUGACACAAUACCAUUGAACGUUACGGAUAUAUUAGGAUCACCGAUUCGUGAGUGGACUUUACGGACUAUGUAUAAUGGAGGGUCGUUAUUCGGUCGAGGCUGUGAAGGUGCGGUUUUAUUAGCAGGGAAGGAUGUUGCAGAGCAAAAGAAAGCCUAUUUAUUUGGCUGCCACUUGUGCCUAGCGUGGCAAGCUGCCAGUGAGCUACCAAAAUUUGCCCCGGAAAACAAAGAACCAUUUUCCUUAGUUAGUGCCCCUGUUUUAUUUGCUUUAAACGAAUCCCCAGAAUUAUACAAUGAAAUAAAAGAUACGAACAAUGUUUCUAGUAUAAAUUUUGCAGAUUUGAAAAACAAAGUAUUAAAAACUGACUCAAUACAAAAAACAAAGUUACUGUACACUCAAAAUGCAGAUAAGGCAAAAAGUUAUAUCGAAAUGUUUGGAGACAAUCAGUCGGUAGAUACUAUAAAAAGAUUAAUAAAUACAAUAUAGUAUAAUUUAUAGGUUAAGAUAUAAAUACAGUGCUUGUAUUUGAGGGUUAAUUUGCCAAAGUUAAUGAGAAUUAAAUGCUGUUAUAACCA